AUGGAGGCGAUCGCGGAGGACGACCGGGCGCAGGACGGCGUCGGCGCGAUGAGCUCGACAUACCUGCUCAAUAAGGAGGUGCGCACCCACACGCAGCCGACGCAGAAGCAGGAGGACGGCGCCACGCAGCAGCAGCAGCAGUCGCAGCAGCAGGGGGCGGCGGUCAAGAUGACCAAGGUCGCCAAGGAGGCGGCGCUGGGCAAGCUGGUGGCUGACGGGUGGCUCAAGCAUGGCAGCCGUGGCGGAGAGUAUGCCCUUGGGGUGCGGCGGGGGCUGGUGCGCACAUUCCUUGAGCUGGGCCACCAACUGCUGGAGCUGCCAGACUUGCCUGAGGACACGAAGGCCGCCUGGCAGGACCUGAUGUGA